GCUUGUGAGCCCGGUCCGAACACCAAGAGCCCCGUCAUUAAGCGUGUGGCACUAACGAUGAUGUGCUUAGCCCAGGGGGUACUAUGGACCAAGCAGCCACGGUAAUGGGCAUAUCCAGGCCUCGUGCUGUGGUCUACAUUAACGACACCCUGGAUGUGCUCAGUGCCAUGGCAACACGGUUCGUUGUGAUGCCCACAUGCCCUCGAUUGAGGGUGGCUUCUUCGAUGUAGCUGGGUUCCCCGGCACGAUUGGUGCAGUCGACGGCACGCUCAUCCGCAUCUCGCGCCCCCACGAUUUCGAGGGAUGGUACUGCCGUAAACUUUCUCUGUCGUCAACGUACAAGCCGUGGUAGAUCACCGUGGUUUGUUCCGUUCGAUUUCUAUUCGCUCGGGAUCUAAGAACGACCAGUCUCUCUGGAAUGGUUCUGGAGUGCGGAGACGAAUUGCAAGCUACGUUCCACCAGGAAUGCACCUGUUGGGCGAUGCGGGCUACAAGAUCUGGGGGCAUCUGCUUACUCCAUCUCCUGAAGGAGAAGCUUUACAAGAUCGUCGGAGACGGUUGUACAAUUACCUGUACCCAAAGACUCGCAUCAUUAUCGAGUGUGCUUUUGGUCGUCUAAAAAAUCGCUUCAGUAUUUUGCAAGGUAAACUAGAACAGAAGACUGCAGAGCGCGUUUGCAAGAUUGUUCUAGGUUGCACUGUUUUGCACAACUUGCUGGUGCUGGUAAAAGAUGGAGUACAAGUCGAAGGAGCGGAUCCUUUGCUACGUGAAGCACCAACACGCCCGAUGAAGACCUGCAUGAUCGCGAGCAGGUCAUCUGUCACAAGCAAGGCAUUUCAAAGCGCAACGACAUAGCAGACAUUAUGGUGGGGAGUUAGCUGUUUGAACAAUACGAUUGUUAGCAG